GGUGGAGACCCCAGAGUCAACCGACACCGCGAGGUGGAGGUGGAUCUGACAAAACGAGCAUAUACGCAAACUCCAAAUUCCCCCACGACCGCGGACGAGCAUACGUGACGAAAAACUCACGUACGAAAUCGAGGGUUCGCUCAGUUAUAUUUACAAUAAGAGACUCGGAAUAAAAAGACCGCUCGCUCGUACGCGUCGAAAAACGCCGAUGAAAAUACCAUUUUCAUCCUCUACCUUGUGAACCCUAUAAAAAAACAGCACAAAAACAACCAUUUUUUCAAAAUCAUCUGUCGUUUGGGAUCCUUUUUAUAUUAACUGUGCACGUGAACGAUACAUUCGGAAUUUCCAUUAUUUUUCGAGCAAAAUAAACACGUUUCAGUUGCGUGAUGAUAAAACUCAAAUCUGGGAAAGAAAAACAAGGAAGGUAGAAAACAGAGCUGUCAAAAUGUUUCUAUAAAAAGCCCGGACAUUGUUCCAAAUUUUUCAAUAAUUCCGUCAUAACUUUCAAUAAUUCGCGACCGUCUCGAUCAUAGGAAAUUGUUUUAACGAAGAUUCCGAGAAUUUUCGAGCGUUUUAGAAAUAUUUUUCAACACUUUUUUUCGCACGCAUCGAGCCCGCUGCAGAGGAAGCUUUGUAUAAGAAACACUUUGCAAGGAAAUCGAUAAACGUUCUCAAACAUUUUGUGACGCAUUUUACGCAGUUCGUAGUAGAUGAAAAAAUGUCGAAAAAACGGUUGAAAGCGACCGAGAGUCGUGCACGUAGCCGGAAUUUGAAGGUAAAAUAAAAAUAAAUAGGUAGUAAAAAUCGCGAAUUAUACUCGCAUCUCGGAGGUUCCGUGGUGUGCUGAAGUACAAUCGGUUGAGACCGAAAAAACUAAACGUUGAUUAAACAAGUGAUGUGGAACUAGUAAAAAAGCGCAGUGGCUAGAAAAUGAAUUCCCUACUUUUGGAACGUAUCAGCGGAUGCUAAUUUUUAAAUUUCCAGGUUUCAACUUCAGGCAAUCCAUAUUAUAAAUUAAGGAGGGCGGCUACAUUCGUCAAAAUGAUAAGAAAUUGAUCAAAUUUGGUGAUAAUGUUCUUCAACUUCAAGUGCGAAGAGACAAUUUUUUUCAAAAUUUUCUUCUGCUUAGUUAUCGAGUAAUUACGCAUAAAAGCAGACUUCUUAUGCCUGGAAGAAACGCUAUGCUUAUACACGUGAACUUUAGUGAUCAAUUACUCGUUUUAACUGUACAGAAGAAAUAUCUUAAAAAAUUUGGCAGUAAAGAAUAUGUUGACCAAAUUUUAUUAAAUUCUUAUCAUUUUGAUACUUUUAAUGUAUUUAACGUGGUUUAGCAUGGCAACAUUGUAUCGUCGCUAUCCAACCUCCUUAAACUUGACCCCGAACGACUUUCAGAUGUAGAAAACUUGAGCGAAUAACGGAGGUAAUCAAAUUCGACUUGGUCAUUGAAAUUUUAACGCGAUUAGAGAACACUCCGCAGUCUCCAAACGUUUCAACCCGAUGCACUUAUUUGUUAUUACAAAAUAUGGGGACUGAAUGACAUUUUUAAAACAACGUCAAAGUGCCACUUUAACUCAGUAACAAAAACGGUAUUUUUUGCUCACAUCUUUGUUCAAUUGGUCCAAAACAGCUCGAAAUCACUCGUCAUGAUUAUUCCAACAUUAUAGAUUUGAAAUAUCGUCUUUUUUUAUUUUCUCAAUGCUCUAAUCCAUGGCAUUCCCACAAUAGUUGAAAAAAGUCGUGGAAAAUCCGGCCGAUACAAGCGUCCAUAUUAUCAUUGACUUCUGACGCUUUGGCAAAAUGCAAAACUCAGAAAAUCUGGGCCUAGUGAUUUAUUCGCAAUUUCCGAAUAAGAGUGUGCUCCGGUAAGCGCAUGAAAAUAUUCUCUCACUGAAAAUGAAUAAAGUCUGAGCCCAUCGUAGCCAAUUUUCAGUAUUUACCGAAAGCUUUUUCUGUUAUGCUCAGGGCGAAGAAGUUUUACGCGUUCUAUCGGUCGCAUGAAUCCGAGGAAGAUGAAGACGCAAUUUCCAUUAUUUUCUCGAAGCGUUUCAUAUUCCAAUAAGCACGGAAAGUUAUACCUCGCUCUCCAGUUACUCGAAGGAAAGGUCUUGCUCGUGUUUUUUUAUUUCAUAAAUCCAGAGCGAACCGCGCGUGUCGGAAAAAAGCGCCACAAAAUCGUUCUCGCAAUGCACACGGAGGAUGACAAAAUUUUGUCGAAAAAGUCAGUGAAUCAAUUGAACAAUGUUGGGAACAUUCCCAAAAAACUUGAUGCGAUGAGCCCACCAAAUAGUCCAACUCUGCGAUGUUUUUUCCAAAUAACUGCGCCGCGUGGAUCCUUCCGAAAUUUGACAGGUUGAUUGUUACCAAGGGAUCAUGAGCGUUCCCAAAAAGCUUCAUCCCAGUGACAUCCUUUCGUCCAGAGCCACGUCAUUCUACUUGGAACUGGAAAAAAAUGAAGACGGACUAUGAAUAAAUUCCAUUACGCGACGCACUGGCCUUCGGUUUAAUAAAGCCUCUUUAUGGGGGUGAAAAUCGGAAGAUUUAUGAGUAGAAUAGCGACCGACGGCACGCCAAUGUCCGUUGUCUGACCGUGACAAAAGCUACACGCGGGCACCGCGCUCCUCCAGGAGGUCAUUAUCCUUCGGUUCUUAUCUACCGAAGGAUGAGUCUGUGUGGGUAUUUCCGGUAGGAUGCAUUUCUCCAGGCACUCUGGUUGCAGCACAUGCACGCGUGUGCGGAAUCAUGCUCGAUAAUAUCGACCGUGAAAGCGCGUAAAGUAAAGAGAAGGGGGAUGAACGAACCGGCGACCCCCGAGGUUGAUUCACGAUUGUUCCUAUGGUUACGUUUGCGCCGAUCGAACUCCAAGGGUUACACUUUACGCUCGUAGGCCAGUCGUGGAAAGCCGCAGAGCGUUAUGGAUCGAGAGCGCGCGCGCACUCCGCUUCUUAGCCCUCUUUUUCACCGCAAAACUCAUAAAUCAACAUAAGCGAUCGUCGCCAUAAGGCUCCCUUGCUCGUCCAACAGUCUCGAGAAUCACCGCGACCGGGGCGACACGGGAUCGAGCCUUUCAAUAAAUCCACCUGAAGUUUCUUCAACGAAAACUCGUAAAAACAUUUCCAUACUCAAGUUUCGAAGCUUCCGCAGUCUCUGGCCGUCUGGCCGUGUUUACUUUUCCGAUUAAUCAGUCACCGAAGUCAGCGACGAAGAGUUUCGAUGAGGAAACUUAAAUAAUUGUAAUAAUCAAGCUCAAAGUUUAUGAACUUUUUAAUAUUUUAUGCUAGGACGAAUGUUGACAUGGAUUCAGUGAUUUUGUUACAAACCUGCUCUGAAACGCGUGCGGGAACGGUUCAAACGAAAAUUUUAUCAAGCUUUUCCCUCUUCGAUUUUAAAUCGAACAAUUAACAGAUGAGCGCGAAUUGAAUUUUUCCCUCUCUCGGGUUGAAAAUCGCAGAAUAAAAUCGAAACGAAAGCAACUGCAAAUGGAUUCCGUGGGCGUUUGAAACAUCCCUCCAAAGUGCAGAGAGCAUAAUAAACUGUUUUUCCGCUUGGUCUGUGCGAGAUAAAUAGGAGCGGUGGCGAGUAAAUCGAGUUCUGGACCGAAAGUCUUUUUGCCAGGAACCUCCCACGCUUCCUCGCAACACUUUUACGUCAUGCACUUUGGAUUCCUCAUUACAGUGGUUUAAUUAAGACCGCUUCACCUCCCCUUAAUUCUCAGUCCGUCUCUCUACGUGCAUCUAUACAGUACGGUAACGGCGUGUCACGACGGCAUUUCCAUCUCUUCCGGAGCGUACGUUUUCGAGGAUAUAAAUGCUUUGCCACUAAUCGUGUAUCCAUUAGUUUUGAAUUCUCGUUUUAUUCGCUUCCUUUCGACCGAACACGGAUACAUUUUAAUGGGUUGAAAAUCCAUCAAAGCUCUUCAUGUUUUAUGUCACAUUUUUUUCGUGCGUUGAAAAUAAACCUGCUUAAUAAAGCACUCGUACUCUUCGGCAGAUUCUUCCACUUAGUUAAUGCUGAAAAAUAUGUGAAAACUUUUUUAUCCGCUCUUUACGAAGCCGAGGAGUUGCUACUCAGCAUUUAAUUAAGCCUCGGCAAUGAAACGGCACUAAUUGGGCGAGCCAUGCUUCUCUCCGGCGUAAUUAGUCGUCUUUAUUAUUUCGUAUUUCCUCGCCACGCUAUUUCUUCUCAAAUCCUCUCGAGCGUUUGACGUCAAUAAAGAAGCCCCACUUCUGGGAAAUUCAAAAUCUCUCUAUUAUUCUCGUAAUUGGAGCAUUAAAACAGUCGAAUUUCGAAGAAGACGAUGACCUCGAGGAUUUCACUGGUCGAGCAGAAGAAACUCCAAUGGGCCAAAGAAAGAGAGGAAAUGGCGCGAUUGAGCGGGCACUUGGAAAGUCGCAAGAGCCAUCAACAAAAUGGCGUCCGAACGAACAUCCGAACGUACCCAACGAACGCGAGGCUUUCGUCGAGGGAAUCGAUCGCUAUCGUAAAAGACAAGCCUCUUCGUGCCGUUGGAAAUUACGGCAGUACGUCGAGCCUGCACAGUCUCGCUGAUCAACGUUCAACUCACACGACCACGAGUCUCCGGACGAUUGAUUUUUCGACCGGCAGCCUCGUCGACUUACUGGAAGGUACCGAUUUCCCGGGCACCAGACGACGGAGCCCCAGUCUCCCGCCGAUUUACACUAAGGACAAUCAACAACAAUCGCGACUCUCACAAGAAAGUACGAGAGAACUCGGCGUCGAAGGCUUGCGUUACAGCAAUCAAGAGCGUCCUCAGAAACAACACCACCGUCAAGCGGGAAGGAACCCUAACGGGAUCGACCACCCUUACGAGGAACGCGAGGGCGAGACUUCCGGUUACGGCAGCGACUCCGCCGAGGCUCCUUUACCGCCAGCUUCCCUGGCGCAUGGCAAACGUAUAGAAAGUGAAAUGUCCGAGAGAACAUGGCAAAACCCUUAUUGCGAGACACCGGAAACUUCGCUUCCAGGAUCGGGAAGACAAUCCGUAACGAAACUAGGUGAACUGAACAGACAGCGCUGGGGGAGUAUCUGGGGAGGUGAGAGCAGUGGAAAAAGUGAUCGACCAGCACCCUCGUGGCUCGAAAGGAGCCUCUCGCGAUUGGAUCACUCCAGUCAGAUUCUCGUGAUAAACCACGAGAGCGCGAGCAGUCCGGACAGCUCGACAACCGGGUCGACGGGCUCGGACUCGAAAACGUACAUCCGCGGUCAAAAUAUACCUGUUGAUGCUCAAGUGCUCCAAGAACGCGAAGCAAAGAGGCUGAGAGCUCGCGAGCUCCAAAACGCGAUAAAACAACAGUUGGAGGAAAAGGAAAGGCAGCGGAAAGCGGAGAGAGAAAAAAGACUGAAGGAAGAGAGGGAGGAGGAAGAGCGAAUAAAGCGGGAUCGCGAUAAGGAAAAGGAGAGGCUGCAGGAGGAGCAAAGAAGACUGCGAGAAAAAGAAUGUGCCAAGAUAAAAAAAGCAGCGGCGAUGAGGGAGGUUAUGGAGAUCGCGGAGAGACGAGCUCGCGAGGAAAAACGACAGCGGAGACAAAAAGACGAGUCCCGAGAGUCCCCGAAGAAAGCAUGUCCGGAGUCGAACUGCUGGGAGUCCCCAAAAGCCGCUCGAGCCCCCGAAGAUCCGUGCGACCUGUCCAGAGAAGAUUUCCGAAAAGAAAAAGCCUCGAAGGUCGUUCGUUCCGAUGACGAAAACGAUGAAGGAGCCAAAGGAGCGAUGGUCGAAAAUGGCUCGCCGAGAAGAUCGGAGGAAAGCGCGAGCGAGGAUCUCGGAAAGAGCGUCAACGUCGAAGCGUCUUCGACGAAUGUCGAUUGCGAUGAAAACACGCUGAGACUUCCGGUCGGAAAGGAAGUCGCCAUUGUUCUCAGCGGCAGACUCGACGAUGCCGAGUUUUUUAACCGCGCCAAUCUUCAGCUCGUUAAUCUCGUCGUUACGAGUCCGAGAAAAAACGAACAGACCUCGAGCAGCGCUCUCAACGAAGGAUUAAACGCCCUCAUCAAAAGUCUCGCCAAUCCGGUUGUUUUACGGAAAUCCCCACGCUCCGGUCUCUCACCAAGAAUCUCCGAAAACCGCAUCCUCACCCCCAGCAAAUACAGAAAUUUUAUUAAUCACGGACGCGAUUUUGGCACGCAAACCGACGGCGAGAGCGAACCUCCGGAUAACAAAGACGCCUCCGUCAAAGAUCGUAAAGACGUCGUCAACAAUAAUCGAAGAGACGUUGAAAAAUCGACGAAUACAGGAGCGGUGGAAGAGACGGGGAUGAAAGCAUUGGUUCGAUCGAAAGUACAAACUCGGACGAGCAUUGACACAAGACCGAGAUGGAACGCUAAUCGGCCAGGCACGCGUUAUCGAACUCAGAGUGAAAAGGAUCCGCAUUAUCAAAGACGCAUGAGAAUGAGACGACGAAGAGUCGAAUCGAGCGACGAAAGAUCGAGAUCGCCAUCGCCCGAUCGGCGGAAAUCAACGAACCACAAAUCGGGGAAUCGAAAUUUUAACAGACGCAAAGUCAAACUGGACAGUUACGACGCCGAUUUAUCGAUGGACAGCCUCAACUCUGUCUUACCGUUGAGAAUCGAUGAACACGGACGUGUAAAUAUAUUAGCUGGGGAUAGUGUUAAAAGAAGAAGCGGAGAGACGAGGGGCGAGAAUGAUAAGGAGGAAAAUAAUGAGAAAUUGGAUGUAUGGUGCGGCCAGGAAAUCCUUUCGCAGCUGGCUUCACUGAGAAACGGUCUCUUGACGAAGCAGAGAGAAUGGAACUCCCAACGAUGUUUAAUGUCGCCGAGCGAGGAUUUCUACUAAUUGAAAUAACUCAUGGGGACAAAUGAUCUUUUUUAGACCUUCGUUUUGACUCUUGAAACGCUGUAGAAACAAUAUUUACGUAGAAAAAUAAAUUGGAAGGAGAAGUGGGAGGAAAA